ACCAAAGAAGAAGACGUUCUCAUAUUCUCAUGAAUAUAGAUGUAGCAGAAAACAACGAGUAAUUUGACAUUUAUAGUGUUGUAUACAAGAAUUUUCUUGUUUCUCUUGCAAUUGCAGCUGUAUCGACAUGUUAACGUCUCUACGUCGAGCUUGUGGGCUCCUCGCUCCAAGAAAUAUUAGGGGAGUGCAAACAACAGUGAAUCGCACAUCAGAUCAGCUGUUCAUUCAUAGAGAUAGUGAACAUGACAAUCCUAAUAUACCAUUCGAAUUCAAUGAGGCUAAUAAGAAGCGGAUCAAAGCUAUCCUUUCGAUAUAUCCUGAAGGUCACAAACGUGGUGCCAUGAUACCUCUGUUGGAUCUGGCGCAGCGACAACAUGGCUGGCUACCUAUUUCCGCCAUGCACAAAGUCGCAGAAAUAUUAGAAGUACCAAAUAUGAGAGUUUACGAGGUAGCGACAUUCUACACAAUGUUCAAUCGCAGACCUAUGGGCAAGUAUCAUGUACAGAUCUGUACCUGUACACCGUGUUGGUUGAGAGACUCUGAUUCGAUAGUCAAGGCGGUGACAGCGGCUACGAAUUGUGAAAUCGGUGGUACUUCCGCGGAUAAAUUGUUCACGAUUUCGGAAGUGGAAUGUCUUGGUGCUUGUGCCAAUGCUCCGAUGUUUCAAGUAAACGAUGAUUAUUAUGAGGACUUGACUCCAGAGACUGCAACAGCUGUAAUAAAUGCUCUUAAGAAAGGUGAAAGACCUCCACCUGGUCCACAAAAUUCUCCAAGAUUUGCAGCUGAACCUGCAGGUGGACUUACAUCAUUAACAUCUCCACCACCAGGUCCUGGAUUUGGAGUUAGAUCCGACUUGUAAAAUAUUUGUUUUUAGUAGGUCUACAAUAUAUACACUAACGAAUGUAAAAAAAAGUUAUCAAUAAAUAAUAUAUCAAAUAUA